AUGCGCCUCAUCCAGAACAUGUGCACCAUCGCCGAGUACCCCGCCCCGGGCAGCGCCGCUGCCGACUACUGCCUGGGGGCUGCGGGCCGCCGGCUCGUCAAGAUCGCCGUGGUGGGGGCCAGCGGCGUGGGCAAGACCGCUUUGGUGGUCCGGUUCCUCACUAAACGAUUCAUCGGAGACUAUGAGCGAAAUGCAGGUAAUCUGUAUACCAGACAAGUCCAGAUAGAGGGAGAAACCCUGGCAAUUCAAGUCCAGGACACUCCAGGCGUCCAGGUACACGAGAAUGGCUUGAGCUGCAACGAGCAGCUGAAUCGCUGCAUUCGCUGGGCAGAUGCCGUCGUCAUUGUUUUCUCCAUCACCGACCACAAGAGCUAUGAACUCAUUGGCCAGCUCCACCAGCACGUCCAGCAGCUUCACCUGGGCACUCGGCUGCCUGUGGUGGUUGUGGCCAACAAAGCUGACCUGUUACACAUCAAGCAGGUUGACCCUCAGCUUGGACUGCAACUAGCCGGCAUGCUGGGUUGCUCCUUCUAUGAAGUAUCUGUCAGCGAAAACUAUAACGAUGUCUACAAUGCCUUCCAUGUCCUUUGCAAAGAAGUGAGCCACAAACAGCAGCCCAGCAGCACACCCGAGAAGCGCAGGACCUCCCUCAUUCCCAGACCUAAGUCACCCAACAUGCAGGACCUGAAAAGGAGGUUUAAGCAAGCUCUGUCUGCCAAAGUGAGGACUGUCACAUCUGUGUGAAGCGUGACUCCUGGAGGGGGUUUGGUCUUCUGGGCAGAGGGCCUGAGGUUCUUAAGCAGGACCGUUGCAGGCUGAUGGCAGUUCAUGGUUCCGGAAAGGGCUGCAGCAGAGGGGCCUUAGGAGCCUGUGGAAUUCUGCAAAAACGAAGUGUUUGGAGCCCGAGAACAGAUGGACGGAUAUGUGACUUUUCUGCCAUGGGGCAUGUUUUUGUUUCUCACUGCCUUAGAAAUGGUAGUCAGUUUCACCGAAUAAAUUGAUGUGAAUUAGGGUGGGUGUGAAAGAACUGAGGAAGCAUUCACAGGCUUUUUCUCCCGUCUCCAUUUUUUUUUUUUUUCUCUCAAGAGGAAGGUUUGCCUUUCUCAAUGUCUCCAAUAUACUAUCUUUACAGGAUGCCUUUCUGACUUGAAGGAUACCCAGAUUUCUUUAAGAACAAGGAGGGACCCUCCCCACCCCAUAAAGGUCAAAUUCUAGGGCAAAAUAUUCUUUAUACAGACAGUCUUGAGCUGUGGUCUACAAGAAGGUGCUUGAUCUCCUGAUGCAGGAUGGCUACAUAUAUUGAGUAGCUGUGAAAAACUCAACUCUGGACUGCC